UCUUUGCUCUUCCUGCACCGCGCGGUCAUUGGUGGCUCCGCUCACACGGUCACCCUGUACUUUGCCAUGUAUGAAAGCGAAGUUUGGACGCGAGCCGGAUGUGAGAUCCGCCCACACGGAGCCGCCGGCCUCGCUCGGGUUCCUCCUUCUCUGCGCGGCGCCGUCCGUGCGUUCUGGGAGUUAUGUGUCCCGGGUGACUCCUUUCAGGUACACCUUGGAGUAGGAUGGACGCCGGGCUUGGGAGGUCUGCACACCGACCCACAUCGUGAGCGAGAACCACCCCCUCCCGGGCGAGCGGCUCCCGUCCGGACUAGCGGAGGCCAAUGGCUGCGCUGCCGGAGGGCGGGACUCUGAGACGCUGAGAUGGGCAGGAUCAGGUUUCAGCCUGCGGUGCUCUACCUGCGCAGGAACGUGUGCGGCGAGAAGCGUGUUUGUUGAGGGCCGCGGCAGCGCGUCGGUUCCCCUCCCGCCUGUUGGAUUGGCUUGGGAGUGAGAAUGGAUGUGUCUUCCAAGAGCAGGAAUGGGGGAUGAGUAAAACCCCCAGAAACGACACGGCGGGAUGUCGAUCCGAAGCACGGGAGGCGACCUGGUCCCGAGGGACGUGGCACAGGUGGUGGCCCAGGUGAAGCAGAGCAGCCGGAGCAAGAAGCAGCGGGGCGGCUCCCUCAGUCGGGCCUUCAGUUGGCUCAAGGGCAGGAGGAAGAGGAAGAGGAAGAAGAAGGGCAGCAGCAACGGGCAGACCCGCGGCGGGCGAGGAGGCGAUGGACUCCAGCAAGGUCGUGAUCCCACUAAAGUCCCCAGACAGGUGGAGGACGACGCUCUGGCAGGACGGUUCACGGCCGUGCAGCUCUUCCAGGAGAACGUGUUCGUGGAGGGUAACCGGCCGCAGUACCUGGUGGAUCUGCACAGCGAGGCUCAGGAGGGUCUGAAGAUCCUGCAGCAGGAAGAAAAGGAAAAUGGAGUAGAUUACCAGGAUGACCAAAGCAUCAGUUCAGCCGUGACCCUCCGAGGGCCAGAGGAGGAGGCCAGUUUUGGGGACAUGAGCAGUUCAUUGGACUCCAGCAGUAUCACUGCUGACACCAUGUCCAUGGUCUCUGCACGGUCCAUCACGUCCACACAGUCAGCGUUUACCCGACAAGGGUCAACCUUCAGGCCUCUCAAUCAGGGGAAGCACGGACGAGUGGAACGGCCUCGGAGAAAGGACCGGAGGACCACGGUCAUGGGGAUCCCCCAGCAUGUGCAGAACGAACUGGGUCUGGAUCGGGCUACAUGGCUGCCUGAUACCGUUGAUGGACAGCUCCCCAAUGGCGGAAGCAUGGUCAUUCCUGCCACUGAUGGAGAGGAUCCGGUCUCUGGUCAGCAAGAGUCAAAUGUUCAUCUACAGGCUUUCGAAGCCCUUCAUUCAUCCAGUGCAGAACAGCAGCUGAGGCAGCGCAUUGAAUCUAUGUACAGACAUGGCCCAUACCCCUCACCCCUGCUGAAGUACCGUUCGCUGGCAGCCCCAGGUGUGACCACAGACGGCUGCUGCCUCCAGACACCCCCUAGCCCUGUUGUUUCCAUCUCACCACAGGCGUCUUACCUGUCCAAGAUCAUCCCCAAUGCGGUGCUGCCGGCUGAUGUAGAUGUGGUGGAGAUCACCCGCAGCAGGAGCCGCAGCAGCAUGCGCACACUCAGCAAGAGCAGCCUGGUCACCGCAAGUCCGGCUCCCUCCCGUGCCUCCGACCGCUAUAGCAACUACAAUCGCUACGAACUGUCUUCUCGUGGCUCCAACUGGAGCCAUUCGCAGUCCUCAGACACCAUUGUCUCAGACUCAUCCACCAUCUCUUCCCAGGGUAGCGGAAGUACACCCCGUGCCAGCAGGAAAGGGCUGGGAAAAGUGGGUGGGACAGAAGGAUAUGGAGGACAAACCACAGACCAAGUCAGUGGCACCACUUCAGUCAAUGGCACCUCGAUGAGUCUGAUGGCUAAAGAUAAGGUUGGGGCCAAGGUGAGCAAGGAGACUGAAGGGCUGGAGAAGGACUGCUUUGUGCGAAGCAUGUCUGUAACAAAGACAAAAAGGCCACCUCCACCUCCACGCAGAACCAACUCUCUGCAUCAGGACAAGUUCAGGCACCACUCUCAGAAACCAGUGAAUCGGGCAGGCAUGCUGGAGAGGACCCUGUCCCCCUCCAGCGGCUACUCUAAUCGGGGCGGUACACCUAUCAAAGGUGACAAGUCAAAGACUACUGAGGCGUUCCAAAGCUUGCUACCAUCAGCCACAUCAGAGCCCAUCCACAAAGAGGCUCCAGCCAACAGUGUCCAAUUCCAAUUUGCAGGCUUGUCAAAUACAGUAACGAUACCCAAUAAAAAGGUCACUUCACCAUCAGCAGCUAUUGUGCUCAGGGAGCUCUUUGACAUCCCAGAGCCCCCAAAGGUGGCUGCACCUCUGUCCCCACCUCCAGAGACGUGGGUCCACAACAGACGCACCUUAAGUUUGCUGUGCGGUCUGAGCACCAGCAGGUUAGUGGGCCUGAAGAAGAAGCAGGAUUCUUGGUCUACUCGGAGGCGGGAAGUUGUUGGAAAUGGAACAAAAGGACCUCUGUCAGGAGCGGAGAGUAAACGGACAGCCAUAUUGGCACAAAGUGCAACAGAGGGUGCUGGUCACAUUCAGGUCGCAAAGAAGCUGGAGGACCCCACUGUGCUGAAGAAAGAAGAGGCAAGUCCAGUGGUGCAAAAGAUGGAGCUGGGACUGGUCGCAAAGAAGGAUAGUCCAGAGGUAAGGAAGGAGGCUCAGGGUAGCCCAGGAACUCCAAGGAAAAGGAUGUUCUUUCUGGCAACUCAGAAGAAAGAAAAGGCAAGUCCAGAAGUACAGAAGAAGGAACCAAUGGCACAGAAAGGCAAUCGAGACAAGGUAGCUGGAAGCCCGCUGGCCCAGCGGAUGAAUGUGAUGUUGCCAGCAUUUGAAGACAGGCCCCCUACAGCACCACUCACACAUGCUCCUCCCUUCCCUCCCCCUACCCACCACCCUCCACCUCCUUCAAGUGAACAGACAUCCACCUCCUCAGUGUCCUCCCUGCCAUCUCCUCCACCUAUGGAACAGCUGCCAGGCCGUGUCUUUGAGGGGCAAGAUGAGUUAGACUUUCUGACACCUCCGUUGGCCACUCCUCCUCUAGAUGGAGCAGUUAAGAUGAGCACGUCUCUUCUGGUUCCCACUGCCCUGGGUGUCCCCAGCAAAACCAAGACUAGUCCUUGGACAUUUCCACCUCCUGCAGAGGAUAUUCCACCUCCUCCACAGCAAGCCCCACCUCCACCCCCAGUUUCCCUCCUACUUGCUCCUCCCUUGAAUGUGCUCCCUGAGGGAAUCCCAGUUCCCCCACAGCAAGCUCCACCUCCACCCCCUGUUACAUUUCCUCCAGCACCACCCUUAAAUGUGUUCCCUGAGGGAAUCCCACCUCCCCCACAGCAAGCUCCACCUCCACCUCCUGUUACAAUGCCACCUGCACCACCCUUAAACGUUCAUCCCAAGGGAUUCUCAUCUCCCCCGCAACAAGGCCCGCCUCCACCCUCUCUUACAAUCCCACCUGCUCCACCCUUAGUCGUUCAUUCCGAGGGAAUCCCAUCUCCCUUGCAACAAGGUCCACUUCCACCACCUGUUACAAUCCCACCUGCACCACCCUUAAAUGUCCCUCCAGCACCCCCUUUGCUGGUGCAAAACAAAUCUCCUGCUGGCUCAAAACAGCAGCCAAGUGCAGCAGCAACACAAUGCAUGGAGCAGAAGCCAUUGUUGCGCAGCAAGAGCACACCCAUGCCAAAGGAGGAUGCCAGUCUCCCCAUGGUGACACCCUCCCUCCUCCAUACGAUUCGCCUGCGUUCCGUCCAUCCUGCUGGGGGUUCCAAAUCUACUGACCAUGAGGAAGGACCUCAGAAGCCUAUCCCCAUGCCUCUUACGGAAGCACCGUCACCCCCAACUAUGACACGCAGUCCGCCCUCAGCAGUGCAGCUCAAUGUGUCUACACCACAUACUGAGACAACUACACUUUCUGCAGUUAUUGCAGCCACAUCUACACCCACCAAAACACCUACCUUAUACACUGUUCCCACUGGUCCUUCUGCAGCUAAACCCACCCCACCCACCACAUCAGAAACUCGCGUGCCCACAGUAUCCCCACCGACAGUAGUGGCCAGUCCUCCUGCGGCAAAGCCUACUGUAAAGUUUGCUUCAGCAGCAACACCACCUGCCUUUUCUAAAAUAUCUGUCCCAUCCACGGUCACUCUGCCUCCACCUACCAUGGAACAUAGCACACCCUCCAUGACACCGGUCCCUCCCACCACAGCUGCUCCACUUCCUGCUUCCAAACCUGUGCCACCCAUUACACUGUUCCCAUCAUCCAUGAAAACCACAGAAGUCUCCACAACAUCCAUCAUGACAACUGGCCAGUCCACCGCUGCACCCACAGCAACAGCCACUCAGUGCAACGUGUCAAAUGCGACAGCCAAGCUGUCCGUCUCUACGCCCAUCGUGACAGCCACGCAGUCCCCCACGACACCCACUGCAACAGCUACCCCCUCCAUGCGACUACAGGAGGCCAUUCGCAUGAAGACAGCUGCCAUGUCCUCUAGGGAUGGGCCAAGAGCGCGGCUCAAUGUGCGUACAUCUGUCUCCUCAUCUUCUCCACACUCUCCAGAAGGGGGAGACCUGCACAAAUCCCCAGCCUCUACUGCCAGUUUCAUCUUCUCAAAGAAGGUUAUGGAGAUGCCCUCAAGUGUUGAUGUCCAGUCAAAUCUCAGGAAGAGUCUGGUGACUGAGGGUCAGCUGAGGUCACUGAAGAUGCCACCUCCAGUGUCCAGGAAGCCCAUGUCACAUUUACCCAGCAGCUCAUAUAAGCCAGAGAGCUCGGUGGAACACGUCUCCCUCACAGAACCUGGGCUCAGCAAGGAGGUGGGGAAAGAGCAGCUGGUUGAUCAUGAACCACUAGUCAAAGAGGACCUUGGUUCAACAAGUGAUGCAGCAGCAGCAGACACCAUCAAGGUGACACCACCGGUUCUGUGAGUCAAGCGCUCAAGGACCCCGACUGGUCGGAAACUCACCACGGGCAUGUGGAUGGAAGGCAGAGAAAGGGAGGAGGAGGAAAUUGUAGAUGCUACAGUAAUAGUCUUCAAAGGGACAGUGCGUUUUGGGGCACCUUGGCUUUACACAUGUCUCUUAUGCAAAACAAUGGUGUUGGUCUUCAUUAACAUUAUACCUUUACGUUGGAGUAUUUUUUUUUUUUUUCUCAUUUGUAUAGAACUGUUUUCUACUGAAAUGCAAGCAGCAAGCUCAUGGAUACAUAAGCAAAGUUGUUCUUUUGGAUUUAGAGAAAACUGUUAAACUGUGGUGUCAUCCAGAGUUCAGUGAGUUUGGCUAAUUACACUGAUACCUUAAAUUACUGAAUUAUUACAGCUAGAAGCUGUUUAUGCACUAUUAUUUGGACUGUGGGAAGAAGUACUAUUUACAUUUUUCUUAAGCUGCUGUAUAUAUUUUUAAAUCAUAGUUUACACAUUAAUUAAAUGUACUUCUGCCUAAAAGAAUAUAAUUCUCAUCAUCUUAUAAUUGCUGAGUUGGUAUUUUAUUUCUUGGCUUACUCUGGUGAAAACAAAUAUUUCACUUUUUUUAUUGAAAGUGUGUUUACUCACACUACACAAUGAAAUGAGAUGUCAAUGAAAAAAGCACUUUAACCCUGAUACAUGGAACGAUGUCCUUUGAGCAAUUGAGCACAGCUAUGGAAUAGUCCUCGCAGCACAACAAUAUUGCUGUGCAAGGAAAUGUGCCGAUAAAUUAAUCUCCAAAGCAGGAAUUUCCAAAAUAUGCUUUAACCAUUUGCUUGGUCAGCAUGCAUGCAGCUGGGAGUGUGUGUGUGUGUGUGUGUGUGUGUGUGUGUGUGUGUGUGUGUGUGUGUUUUCUCGUUCCACUCUAGUUGACUGGCGCCCACUUCCUGUCACAGGUGCCGCGUUCGGUCCGUACUAGAGAAACUGGAGCAGCUUUUUGUGCCUGGAAAUGUCACUCUACGUAUCCAAAUGGGACUUGGAAUGUAAAAAUGCUGAAACAUGAACUAAACAGUACAGUCCGCUUAAAAAUGUAUGAAUAAAUAUCUCUAAUUUUC